GUCCCGCCUCACCUUCAGCGUCACCUCUGCGCCUCCUCAGCCGCGCUGAAUGGAUUAACCUCCGGGAGCCAUGCGGUACCGGCACCGAGCCCCCGCAGCGACCCGAGCCGCUUCGGAUGGAGGAGAGUCCGGUUUCCACAUUUCCGCAGCCGCCGUGUGCACUGCAGGCGCGGAGCGAAGAUCCAUGAUCUCAACAGAAAAGGAAACCGGUUCGUCCGGCUCGGCGGGCCGCCCCGCGCUGCGGAUUCAUUGCUACGUUCCCGGCGGACGGAGAGGCUGCUGACUGUGUGUCCCAGGCCCGGUUCGGAGCUCCUUCAUGACCCGGGAUGGAGAACUGUUGCCGCGCAUGCUGCCCCUGCUUCUCCCGGCUCUGGAACUGGAUCUGGCCGGCUCCCCGCUACCCGCCCGUCCCGAACCUGGUCAUCGCCAACCCGGGGGCCCGGUCGGAGGAGAUCCGCACCGUGUCCGGGGACAUCCGCGCCCCGUCGCCCAAGAAGCGGCCGGUGCAGCUGUACGCGGCACUGUACGACUUCCAGGCCCGGAGCGACGACGAGCUGACGGUGAAGGAGGGAGACAAGCUGUCGGUGAUCGAGAAGCGGGGCGACUACGUGCUGGCCCAGAAGCUGACCGGAGCGCCGCAGUCCGGGCUCAUCCCGGCCAACUACGUGGCUCUGCUGCAGGACGAGUUCGCCAAACACAAGUGGUAUUACGGGAACAUAAACCGGGGGAAAGCAGAGAAGCUGCUGCUCGCUUCCCAAAACAAAGAUGGCGCCUUCCUGGUUCGCAUCAGUGAGAGUCACAGCGACGAGUACACGGUGUCUGCGCGGAGCGAGGGGAAGGUUUUCCACUUCCGGGUGCAGCGCUCGGUGAUCGGAGCGUACUUCGUCUCAGACAAGCUGUCGUUCGCCACGCUGGGCGAGUUGAUCUCCUACUACCAGAAGAACCCGCGGAGCCUCGGCGUGAUUCUGGAGGAGCCCUGCGCCCAGCAGCGGGAACUCUUCGACAUGGAGCCUUGGGAGAGACCGCGGGAAGAGUUCAAACUGCACCACAAACUGGGAGAAGGAAACUUUGGACAAGUAUGGGAAGCCAUUUGGAUCAAAGAGAACCGGAAAGUGGCCAUAAAGAUGCUGAAACAAGAGGACACGAAGCAGGACGAGUUUGUGAAGGAGGUGCAGGCGCUGAAGAGCCUCCACCACCCGAAGCUGAUCCAGCUGCUGGCCAUGUGCUCCAGAGGGGAACCCGUCUACAUCGUCACCGAACUCAUGAGCAAAGGGAGCCUCAAGUCCUACCUGGACUCUGAAGAAGGAAAGCUGCUGAAAACGGCUCAUCUCAUCUACAUGAGCGGCCAGAUCGCAGACGGCAUGGGCUACCUGGAGGACAGACACAUCGUCCACAGAGACCUGGCCGCCAGAAACAUCCUGGUGGGAGACAACCUGAUCUGCAAGGUGGCCGACUUCGGACUGGCUCGGAUAAUUAAGGACAGCGUGUACACUGCCAGCAGAAACACCAAGAUCCCGGUACGGUGGACAGCGCCUGAGGCGGCGCUGCACCAACGCUUCUCUGUCAAAUCAGACGUCUGGUCGUUUGGCGUGCUUCUGUAUGAGAUGAUGUCACGCGGGAAAAUGCCGUACGAAGGAAAAAGCAAUAAGGAGGUGAUGGACAUUUUGAAAUCGGGGCAUCGGCUGGGCUGUCCCGACCGCUGCCCUCCCAAUAUUUACCGGAUCAUGAAGGACUGCUGGCACACCGACCCGACCCAAAGGCCGUCGUUCCACGCCCUGCAGAACCAGCUGGACGCCAUUUAUCAACGCAUUUAUUACAAAACCGUGGAGGUUUAGAGGCGAACGGCGGUUUUCCUCUGCAGGUUGGCAGGAAGUGGCGAGGCGGAGCGAUGAGGACCGCUCCUCUCCUUGUUUCUGUUUGGGAAAAUGACGCAGAGCAGCGACCCAAACCAACAUGGAGGACAAACUGGACAGAAGCCCAGCGGUAUUUUAGAGUAUUUAAAUACACCAGAGAAACUCCUUAAACUGGUUUUAAACUCCACUCUGGUGUUUCAGAGGCUGUAAUAGUGGAAAUCGUCAGUAUGUGCCAUGCUGAGCCUGAACUGGGAAUGUUACGGUUUCACUUCUGUUUCCGAUGCAAAGCAAGUCGUGAAACUGGAGAUUUUGUGCAAUAAUUUUCAGCCGCAUUAGACUAGAGAAAGGGAAAUGAAUUAGUGUCUUAGCUUGACUCUUCCUCCUCUUGAGCUAAAUAUCUUGAAGAAAAGGUUUUGUUUGCUGGUUAAAUGACUGUUUUCAUCAAACCGCAUCCAGACGUAACGAUCUCUGAAACCUGCGUCUCCUUUACAUUAAAGAGAUCAGGAAUAAACUGUACAGGAAAUAACACGUCUUCCUCUGCUAAGACUUUGGUUUAAGGAUCAGCGACGGCGCAUCUUAAAUUUAAAGGUGCAUUUAUUUUUGUUUAGCUUAGCUUAACUAGCAGCCUAAGGAACGUAGCCGUAGUUAGCCUCCCAGGUAGCCCCUAACUUAGCUCCAAUGCUAGCGCAUGUGGAAGAGCUCAGUAGCUGCGUUUCCAUUACAAAAAUGCACAAAACUUUUUCAAUAAUCAAUAAUGCUGAAAAAACACAGUUAUGGUGUUUUGAUUAAAUCAGAUCAGAAUUAAAAUCACAAGUGAAUAAGUUUAUUCACGUGAUAAUUCAUUUAAAGACGUGCUCCUCCAUCUACUUCCUGUUUGUCUUCUUCAUGGUUUCUGUCAGUGGUAACAUCUGGUUGUUGAUCAUGUGACUCGUGAUGCGAAACAAAAUGGUUUCCGUUGAAGUUCUGUGACAAACAAAUUUAAAUACAGCUGAAAAAAAAUCGCCUCAUCCUGGCAACAAAACCUUUUAUGGCUUCAUGGCAUGUCUCUAUUAAGCAAAUUAAUUUUAGAAAUAUAAAAUUGUGCGUUUAUGCGGUGAAUAGAAACACAGCUAAGGUUUGAGUUUUAGCUUGAAUUUCUGCAACUCUGCUAAAAUCUAAUAUCUGCAGCUUUUGUGAAAUCCUGCGGCUGAAUCUUCCAGGUGGGACCAGGGUUCAUAUUUAACAUGCACAUCCUGUUUACUGUCACUGAGCUCUUGUUUUGAAGCAGGGAGCAUGCUGGCUUGCUGUGUGGUUUGGUACAUGUAGCCCUUAGCACAGUUACUGUAGCCUGCUGCAUUUAGACCCAAACUGAUUCUCUGACAUGGGCUGAAAUAUUUAAUGUUCAGAAAAAUGACUUGUGCUCCAGUGCUGCUCUCAGGACAGACUGUAAGAAGAUCUAUUUUUGUAUUUUUGUUUGUGCACUUCUCUGCGCUUCCUGGCGUUUAAACAGUUUACCUGUUGCAGGCAUUUAUGGAGGCUCGGCUACAUUUUACACAUCUAAAGCAUCCUAACAGGAACAUUUUUAAAAUGUUUUUUUAAUCAGCACAAGAUGAACUUGAAGCGCUUGAAAAGCCACUGGAGCUCGGUGCCAACAGGCCUUAAGCUCUUCUGACGGGCCAAACCGAUGUCCAGUAACAACUAGUGCCUACGUUUACACUGCGGACCGAACACGAAGCUAACCAACGACACACGAGCUACAGGACGGACAUCUGGACUCGCAGCACUUUCUGUGGAGUUUUCUUUAUUUGAAGCACAUAAAACUAAACAAAUCUUGCAACUUGCAAUGCAAUUUGUGAAUGAACCAAUUUUGUGUGUUUUUAUGCAUGAUGUUUGCAGCAGACGGAGCCAAGUUCAGGAAACUUGAGCCAUAAUCACCAAAUUAUGAGUAUGUUUGUAUUUAUGGCUGUUUGUGUUCUGGUACCAAAUGCAAGUUAUGCAAAGAAUAAAAUAUUUUAAGUAUUGUUUU